AUGGGGAAGAUUGACAACACGUCGGUGGAGCUAAAUUCGCCCUCCGAGGUGAAGCAGGCAGCCAUUGAGGAAUUUGAGCCAAUCGCCCAAGGAGAUGGGAGCACCAAGAAGAUGAAGGAGCUCCCAGACAGAGGUUCUUGGAAGGGCAAAUUUGACUUCCUGCUGUCCUGCGUGGGCUACGCCAUUGGGCUAGGCAAUGUCUGGCGGUUUCCAUAUCUCUGUGGCAAGAAUGGAGGAGGGGCUUUCUUGAUUCCCUAUUUUCUGACGCUGGUGUUUGCUGGGAUUCCUCUCUUCCUGCUGGAGACAGCUCUCGGCCAGUAUACCUCUGUUGGCGGAUUGGGGGUCUGGAAAUUAGCGCCCAUGUUCAAAGGAGUGGGCCUGGCUGCUGUGGUUCUCUCGUUCUGGCUGAAUAUCUAUUACAUUGUCAUCAUUGCCUGGGCACUGUACUAUCUCUUCAACUCUUUCACUGCAGAUCUGCCAUGGCAAAGCUGUGGCAAUGCCUGGAACACAGAGAGAUGCUUUUCCAACUACUCCCUCAAUGAUACCACCAACCUGACCAGCGCUGUGACCGAGUUCUGGGAGAGGAACAUGCACCAGAUCUCUGGUGGCCUGGGGGAGCCAGGUAACAUCCGUUGGCCCCUAGCAGGCACUCUCGCUUUAGCGUGGGUUCUGGUCUAUUUCUCCAUCUGGAAAGGAGUAGAGUGGACUGGAAAGGUUGUAUAUUUCUCAGCCACCUACCCUUACUUCAUGUUAAUUAUUCUUUUCUUCCGUGGAGUCACUCUACCGGGAGCCCAGGAGGGAAUUCUCUUUUAUAUCACACCAGACUUCAGCAAACUCUCUAAGUCUGAGGUCUGGAUGGAUGCAGCCACACAGAUCUUUUUCUCCUAUGGACUGGGGUUGGGAUCUCUGAUUGCUCUGGGAAGCUAUAACUCCUUCCAUAACAAUGUAUACAAAGACUCAAUCAUCGUCUGCUGUAUAAAUUCCACCACCAGCAUAUUUGCAGGAUUUGUCAUUUUCUCCAUUGUUGGCUUCAUGGGUCACAUCACCAAGAAGUCAGUUGCUGAGCUGGCAUCUUCAGGUCCAGGACUGGCUUUCCUCGCCUACCCACAGGUUGUCACGCAGCUGCCCAUGUCCCCUCUCUGGUCGAUUCUCUUCUUCUCCAUGUUAAUGAUGUUAGGCCUUGACAGCCAGUUCUGCACUGUGGAGGGGUUUGUCACAGCCCUGAUAGAUGAGUAUCCCUAUCUCCUCAGGGCCAGGAAGAAGCUCUUCAUUGCUGUGGUCUGUCUUAUCUCCUACAUUGUCGGAUUCUCCAACAUCACCCAGGGUGGCAUUUAUGUCUUCAAGCUGUUUGAUUAUUAUUCAGCCAGCGGCAUGUGUCUUCUCUUCCUCGUCUUCUUUGAGACCAUCUCAAUUUCCUGGUGUUAUGGUGUGAACAGAUUUUACAGGAACAUUGAAGAGAUGAUUGGCUACCAACCUUGCAGCUGGUGGAAGCUCUGCUGGGCCUUCUUCACUCCCCUCGUUUGUGUGGGUGUUUUCUUCUUCAGUGUGGUUGAAAUGACCCCUCUGACUCUGGGGAAAUAUAUCUAUCCCCCAUGGGGACAGGGCAUUGGCUGGCUCAUGGCUCUGUCUUCCAUGGUGCUGAUUCCGGGCUAUAUGCUGUACUGCUUCUUCACCUCCGAGGGGACCAUCAGGCAGCCUGGUUCUCAGCAGCAGCAUGCAGAGUCGGGGAUGAGCAGACAGCUGCACAAGUACAGCUUUCUCCAAGAAAUGGGCAUAACCCCCAAGGAGUGGAAAGGUCUCCCACAAGUCUGGUCUCAUCUAUUCAUUCCAACAGAUGGCACUGAUUGUAUAAAAUGUAUGUAACAUUUACAAGAUACAAAAACUAAUUGGCAUGAACCUAGACGCUGUAGGCUUCGGCUAGACUAUUACAGGAUUGUGAUGUAGUCUGUAGUACUUGAAAUCUGUAUUAAAA